AUGUAUGCGAUUCCAUCGGCAGCACUAGUAGGCUUAAGUGGUAUAUUUCCCUUGCUAGUUAUUCCAUUAGAAGCAGUACCAAAGUUAAAAGAUCAAGCUACAUCCAGAAAAUUUAAUAUUCUGUUAUGUUUUGCUGUGGGGGGUUUAAUUGGCGAUGUCUUUCUUCAUCUUUUACCAGAAGCUUGGGCGCACCAAAACAAUGAUCCACAUUAUCAUACAAAAAUUGGACUUUGGGCGAUAUUUGGCAUCGUAUUUUUUAUGCUAUGUGAAAAGAUAUUUCCAGAAGGAGAAGACGAAGCUAAUGAUGAUGAAGAAGCAGAAGCAAAGACAAGUGGUUACUUAAACCUACUAGCUAAUGUGGUUGAUAAUUUUACUCAUGGAUUAGCUGUGGCUGGCGGUUAUGCUCUUGGAGUUAAUGUUGGUAUAUGUACUACUGCAGCAAUUUUAUUACACGAAGUCCCUCAUGAGGUUGGCGAUUUUGCAAUACUGCUAAAGUCUGGAUUUACGAGAUGGCAAGCCGCUGUAGCUCAGAUGAUUACUGCAACCGGAGGUCUAUUUGGUGUAGUAUUUGGAAUUAUUGCAGAAGAUGCAUCCAACUCAACAGUAUGGAUACUACCAUUUACUUCUGGUGGAUUCAUCUACGUAUCGUUAGUUACAAUUGUACCUGAUUUGCAAAAAGAAACUGAUCCUAUUGAAUCUGUCAAACAGGUUCUGGCAUUGCUCUUUGGUGUUGCUGUUAUGGCUGGCGUCACUAUUCUAUUUGGGCAUUAA